CGCGGUACCUGCAGCCGGCGGCCAACGGACGGCGCCUGGGUUUGUGACCGCACACGCACACACUAACACGCCUUCCUCGCCUCCCGGGGGGCGCCUCUCCUUCACAUCACGCACUCCACCAAUUCGCCGCCCUCGGACUUAACCUCAACUCUUCACCACCGACCUCGAUCCCUCCCCCCCGUCCACGCGAGCACGUCUGCCUGCCGCCUGGACCCAGGGUGCCUCCUCCCGACAUUCGAGCACCAUUCCAUCAGCCCGCAGCAGCGUCAUCGACAGUAUACACAGACAUAUAAGUCUCGGCGGGCCUUCCCUGCAGCCAGCCAACGACCUGCCCGCGGUUUCUCGCCCAGGCCCACCUCCUUGUUCGAACAUACGACACUGAACGGUGCCGAUUCAGAGACUUCGCAUUUCCUCCGAGCCGCCACACUCCCUCCUCCCAGUGAAAGACGCGGCAGACCCGGUGCAAGCCUACAUUUACCCAUCUCUACGCAUACGCCUUCGGCUGGCAAGUGCGGCGGAACGGCUCGACCUUGCAAAGCCGCCCGCAGCCCUCCUCCUUCUCCCUGCCGGGCCACGGCCCUAUUUCGCCUCUUCAACCUCCGCAUAGCACCGCGUCACCGUUUGGCAUAGCAGCAGAGCAGCAUCGACUUUCCAUGAUGGCGCGCCCCGGGGACGGAGGGUCAUUAUUUGUCGACGACGACGACUUGGAUAUAAUAGAAAUCACCAACCCGAAUUCGGCGACUCAGAUUGCGAGCCUGCUGAAUCCCUUGAGACCCGUCACCCCGGCAGAGAUACUGUCGAGCCGGCGGAGCGACCGUUCUCGAGACUCCUCCCGAUGGGACGAACCUCCGCCUGCGCGGCGAAGCACCCGGUGGGAUCGCCCGCCGCCUCCACCGCUGCCUCGGUCACAAGCGCCGACGGUCAUCGACCUGACCAACGAGCCCGACUCUCCGGUGCAGGAGAGACGACUACCGCCACCCGCGCCCAGUCUGCCCGGCAGGAACCCUAGAAGGACAAACUCCCAGAGGCCUUCGCCACCGCGGCUGUCAAGAAGCGAUAGCACCUUUGUCGGCCCUGGCGCCGUCAUAGACCUGACGGACGAUAGCCCGAGAGAGGGCCGGCGGCUAGAGCCUCCUCGUCCAUUUCGGGCGCGUAAUUCGCACCGCCAUGGACGUCAACACCAGCGCGGGUCCGUGGCCGACCACCACGACCACGACCAUGACCAUGAUCCCCAUCUCUCGACGAUUCACCUCCAGUUCGUAGACAAUGCGACCCCUAACAACUUAUUGACGACUUUCCGCAGCGGCGUUCGGCAUAUGGUUGACACUCUUUUCAGUGCAGAGCUCCUGAGAAGUGGUUACAACCCGACGACAAUCGACAGCCUCAGUGCGUUCACUACCAGAGAACCCAGUCCGAAGCCUCCCAUGGAAGACGUGCCGCCUACCCGCCCAGGCUUCACGCGCGACACGUGCGCCGCUACAGAAGAUACAGAAGAGAGGGUGGUGGUCUGCCCCGCCUGCGAAGAGGAACUAGCCUACGACCCAACGGAAACGGCCGCGGAGAGUGCCACCACGACCGCCGGCAAGAAACGCAAGCGGGUCCCGGGCGAACAUCACUUCUGGGCCCUGAAGAAGUGCGGACAUGUUUACUGCGCGGACUGUUUCGAAAACCGAAGGCCGACCAAGGCAUCUCAGGGCGUUGGCUUCCGCAACUACGGCACGAAGCAAGGGAGUAGCACCGGUAGUGACCUGAAAUGUGCGGUGCCUGGCUGCGAGACCAAGGCGGCAAACAAGACGGAGUGGAUAGGCAUCUUCCUGUAACGAACGACGGCACGAGAUGGGAAGAUGUAGGGUUCGAGCGCGCGACGGCCCUUUUAAUGAUUGCGAGCGUGUUUGUCCCAUUUUGUGCGCGGAGCAUGGAGGCGACAUCUUCUAUGGAUUCUGGCGAACCGGACAGGCUGGGGCAGGGGCAAGGUUUACACAUGGGCGGCGUUUUCGGCGGGCGGAAAGCAUUGCGCUGCGGUUUAUACAGUAUAUUUGUUCGCCGCUGGAUGCAAGGCGGACGGGGGAGGGAUUCUUUCCAGAGCCCCUCUUCACAGGAUGAGCAGGGCAGGGCAGGGCCGGUAGCCUUUUGGGCAGCGACCGUGCCUUUGAUUGCACCCUACGAUAUGGAUCAGGAAAGGGACACGAAUGGAAGACGUCAGUCUUAAUGACCGGUGGCCUGGCCUGUGAUUCGCCUUGUGAAUUCCUUGUGGACCGGCUACGGAGGUUUGGCUGCCAUGUGCGUCCCGUACCUCAUGUACGUGGCAACCACAUUUCCUCGAAAAUACAGCCUUCUUCAACGGGCCGUGGCUUGCAAGUCACGUAUCGGUGCGAGGGCGUUUGCAUCGAUCGGC